AUGAGUCUUCAGUCGCUUCCGAAAACUUCUUCGUUCACAAAAAGACUGACCCCGGAUCCUCGUGUUCCUACCGUUGCUGUGGCAAAGGACCCUAACACCUCUCCGGAGGUGUUCCAUAUUGCCAGACGGCUGACGGACGGCGCCUUCACAUAUUGUAAACCGACUCCGAGGAAAGAGUACCAUUUUAUUACUGCAUCGCCCGCAGCAUUGGACACACUCGGCCUUGACCAGUCGGAGGCCUCGUCCAAAGAGUUCCAACAGAUCGUUUCCGGGGAAAAAGUUAUUACGGAUCCGUUCCCGUAUGCCCAGGCGUACGCAGGUUAUCAAUUUGGCCAAUUUGCCGGGCAAUUGGGCGACGGCCGUGUGGUGAACCUGUUUGAAGUUCAGAGUGCCAAAGAUGGCGAGAGAUACGAGUUGCAGCUCAAGGGAGCUGGAACCACGCCGUUUUCUCGGUUCGCAGACGGAAAAGCUCUUUUCAGCUCGAGUCUUCGGGAAUUCGUCAUUAGUGAGUCUCUGAACGCCAUUGGCAUUCCAUCCACCAGAGCGUUGGCUAUUAGUGUGCUACCAAGAACCUACGCCAUGCGUGCACGUCACGAGAAAUGUGCCGUUGUGUGCAGAAUGGCUCCAAGUUGGGUCAGAAUCGGAACUUUCGACCUGUACAAGUGGAGAGGAGACAGAAAGGGGCUGAUAGAGCUCAGCGAUUAUGUGAUUGACGAAGUUUUCAAAAAUAAACUUCUGACCGACCAGCAGGUCUGGAAAGAAGUCGAGAAACAGGUGACGAGCAAAAAUAUUGUUCUUACUCGCUACGACAAAAUGUAUCUGGAGAUUGUUGCUCGAAACGCUAAAACCACAGCAUUAUGGCACGUCUAUGGGUUCCUGAACGGUGUUUUGAACACAGACAACACCUCUGUUUUGGGACUCUCGCUGGACUUUGGUCCAUUCGCAUUUAUGGAGUAUUUUUCUCCAGACUAUACCUCGAACCACGAAGACAGCUCCAAACGGUACAGUUUUGCAAAUACUCCGAGCGCCAUCUGGUACAAUUUGGUGAAAUUGGGCGAAGAUGUCGCAGAGCUGAUCGGAGCCGACCAGGAAUUGCUCGAUGCUCCAGAUUUUAAUGCUGGAAUAAAAGAGGAAUGGAUGGAGCAGAUGAUGAAACGGGCCAAUGUGAUUAUCGAUAUUGGUGCCAGUGUCUAUGAGAAACUGUUCAUGGACGAUUACCUAAACAUUAUGUGCAAGCGAAUUGGCAUUAGUCCUAGGUCGUCUGAUCAUUCUGAGGUCCUUGCUCCGAUGUUUGAGAUGUUGCAGGCUACCAAGAUCGACUACAACGGGUUCUUCAAGACUUUACAGUCUGUUCCGUUGACGGGCGAAGUUGACUAUGACUCGGUGGCCGAACUGUUUGUUCCUGACGAUUUCCAAGAAGAUUUGGUUAAUGACUACACCAAGGAGAAUAUUUUAAAAGAGCUCAAGAGUUUUCUGGCCGUGUUCAAAAACAGAGUCGACCAAGAGGGUCUUUCAGACGGCGAACGGUUGGCAAGAGCUUCUAGCGUGAAUCCGCUAUUUGUGCCUAAAAACUGGAUGCUGAACGAAGUCAUUGAAUACACUGUGGAAAAUGACUUGCACCCAGAUUACAUUGACAAAAUGAUCAAAAUGGCCACAAACCCGUACGAUAGCACCAAAUGGGGCGACGAGUUGCCAGAAGUCCAGAAGAGAUGGUGUUCGGAUGUGAGGUUUGGCCUGAAAAUGGAGAUGCGUUCGUGUGCUAGUUAG